GCACCUAAUGUCACCCAAUCACCUCAGAGUAUUUCUAUUAAAGCUGGAGCUACUUUAACUCUAGAAUGUACAGCAACAGGUGAUCCUAUUCCGAGUGUUAAAUGGAUGAAAGAUGGCGAACUUACUAGUUCGGCAUAUAACAUGUUAAUUAGUCCUGGCUAUGGGAAAUUAAUUAUCAUAGAUGUUAACACUGGAGAUAAUGGAUCACAUUGGUGUCAGUUUACGAACGUUAUAGGGUCCAUAUCAUCAGCUAUGGCAGUUAUAUCUGUUAAAGGUUAG